UAGCACGAUCAGUAGAUUCUCUGUAGUAAAUCCUUUACAGCUACUCUGUGGUAGAUCAAAUGUUUUUGACGUUUUGAUGACAGUGACAGUUAAAAUAUAACAAUCAAAAAUGUUAAUUUUUUGACUUAUUUUUCAAUUACACGAUAGAGAAAACUUUAAAAAUAAGCCUAAAACCACUUAGUGUAAAAAUGGCGGAGAAAAAAUCCAACCCUUUGGACCUAAACAGUUCUGGCUUCAACCCUAACAUGUAUUUGGAUAAAUUAUUUAAAGAGUCCAACUUGAAACAAAUAAUGGACCAUGAAAGUGAAAUCGUGAAAGACACACAAACCUUGCAUUCUGACAUGCAAACUUUAGUUUAUGAGAAUUACAACAAAUUUAUCUCAGCCACAGACACAAUAAAGAAGAUGAAAGUUGAUUUCAAAAAAAUGGAAAACGAGAUGGAUUUGCUCGCCUCAAACAUGGCAUCAAUUACAUCGUUUUCUGAUCAAAUUAACUCAACUCUGCAAGAUACAAGGACCCAAAUUAGCAAACUUUCAGGCGUCCACACGCUUUUACAAAGAUUACAAUUUUUGUUCAAACUGCCAACAAGUUUAAAAACUAGAAUGGAGGAAAAGCGUUAUAUUGAGGCAGUGCAGGACUAUUUGCACGCCCAGCGCGUCUUGGAGCAGUAUGGCAAUUUACCGUCAUUGCAAGGCAUCAAAACCGACUGUGAAACCAUCCUAAUAGAUCUAAAAAAAGAGCUGAGGAAACAUUUCAGUAACCCUCAAGCCUCAGCAAAAGAAUUAACUGAAAGUGUAGAUCUCCUCUUACAACUCAACGAACCAGCACAAGAAUUGUGUUCAGAAUUUUUGAUUUGUGCCGAAAAACGUCUCAGUGAUCAACUAGUGAUGUUGAAAGAUCAGAGCGAGCAACGGGAUAUUUCCGAAUUUAUUGAUUUAGGUUGUUCGGGAUUUUUGAGCGAUUUAUGCUUAGUUGUUGCAUCUUUUGACGACAUGUUUAUCAAUCGAAACAAUUCCGAAAAUAUCGAAAACAGCGAUAUUUUUGAAAACUUCGCCGCGACAGAACUUAACAACUUCGUUAAACAAAACAUGGAGAAAUACUUCGAUUUGGUGCAAAAUAAAGUCGAUUUAGAACAGGAUGUUGGGGACACAGCUGUUUUAGUGCAAGCCUUGGACCGGUUUUAUAAAAGAAUUGAAAGUAACACAUUGUGUAGAGACGUAGAUUUCUCAGCUCUUGCGACUGAAAUUGUGAUAAAUGCUGGUCGGAAACAAUGUAAAGCGCAUUUGCAAAUCCUCAAAAUGCACUUUGCUGAUUGUUUGACGAAAGUAAGGCAAAAUUUAACAACUCCAAAGCUGAUAAGUCAGGAUGAUUCAUCUAAAAAUUUGAAUGAACUUCUCAGCACACUUAUAAUGUCGAUAGUGGAGAAAAUUAAGGGUGUUUUGCAGGAUCUUGUGGUGUUUAUCCAACCAGAAGUCAAUUUCGCCCAAAAGCCGCAAUUUAAAGACAGUUUUUGCGUUGAUAACGUCCGAGAGGGGCUUAUAGUAUGUUUCAUGCAUCAUUUUAUGGCAACUGCGAGAAGUUACUGCGCUAUAGUGGCCUCAGACUUGAAGGUGCCCCCAACUGUACUUUUAUUGUUAUCAAAAUUGUGUCUCGAUUUUCGGAACGGAAGCGUUAGUUUUGUGCUUUCUCAAACCGAUGAGUUGUUCCAAAUAAACCCCAAACAAAGUGCUGCUUUGACAAACGAGAGUGAAAUUAAUAUGACAAUGCAAGAGUCGGCGCAAGAGCUUUUGAAUCAUUAUGUGAGGAUACAAGGACUUAAUGUUUCACAGAUGUUGCGCAAAAGCGUCGAAACCAGGGACUGGCUUCACACAAUCGAGCCGAGGACUGUGCGGGCCGUCAUGAAACGUGUGGUUGAAGAUAUUUCGGCAAUAGAUGCCACUGUUGCUUUGUUGUAUGAAGACCAAGGGAAUAAUACAGAACACAGUAGUGAUUCCAGCCGAAAAACUCACAGUAUUUCGGUCUCAAGGCAUCAGUACAGGUCAAAUUGGUCAAGUUUGACCCCUAAUCAUCUGGAUUCAACUUUGGUGUCAAACAUGCAUAAGUUGUUCAGUGAAAGGAUAGAAAUUUUUUCAACAGUUGAGUUUAAUAAAAUUUCGAUUCUCACUGGGAUCAUUAAAAUUAGUCUCAAGACAUUUAUGGAGUGCGUACGUUUGAAAACUUUUAGUAAAUUUGGCCUACAGCAAAUUCAAGUGGACACACAUUACUUGCAGUUGUAUUUGUGGCGAUUUGUUGCAGACGAAAAUUUGGUUCAUUUUCUCCUUGAUGAGAUUUUGGGGUCUGCUGUCCACAGAUGUCUGGAACCCAUUUUAAUGGAACCAAGUGUUGUGGAUAUUAUUUGUGAAAGGGGUUAAGUCAGUCUUUGUGGGCUGCAUAAGUUACAAAAUAUUUAUUAUUCUUUUAUAUUAUCUUGUUUAAAUAAAAUGGAGAAUUUUUAUCACA